GGAGCUGCUGCUGACAGGCAGGGAGGGGAAGGGAAGCCGGGCUGGUCCUCUUGUCCGCCUUCUUCUUGAGGAGGACGCUCACCUGGCCAGGACUGUGUUCGUAGCUGACUCUGAAUGGAUCCUGCAAUUUCUGCUACGGCUCUGGCGCUGGGAGGCCCCUCACCCUGGCACUUUGCACUGCUAGGGAUUCUGCUAGCAGUUUUUACGGCAGCUUACAAACUCGGAUUAAUCUACCAGCUUCGGCAUCAGGUGAACACCCAGAGCCCUCGGCAUGGUGGAGAGAGCGUGGCGGAAGUGCUGAAAGCCCAUGGAGUCCACCACAUCUUCACGCUGGUGGGAGGACACAUCUCUCCCAUCCUGGUGGCCAGUGAGAAGUUGGGCAUUCGUGUGGUGGACACGAGGCAUGAGGCGACAGCCGUGUUUGCGGCAGAUGCGAUGGCUAGGCUCUCAGGGAGAGUGGGAGUCGCGGCAGUGACAGCAGGACCGGGAGUGACGAACACCGUGACAGCCAUGAAGAACGCCCAGAUGGCAGAGUCUCCUGUGCUGUUGAUCGGCGGGGCAGCUGCCACACUGCAGAAGGGACAAGGCGCUCUCCAGGAUAUCGACCAGCUGUCUCUCUUUAAGCCACUCUGCAAAUUCUGUGCUACGGUGAAGACCGUGCGGGAGAUCAUCCCUGUGCUGAGGGAGGCCAUUGCCGUCGCUCAGAGCGACACGCCAGGCCCUGUCUUUGUGGAGUUCCCUUUGGACGUCUUGUACCCCUAUCAUCUGGUCAAGAAGGAGAUUUUGAAAGCGGAGGCUCCCAAGGGCUUGGUGGGAAAACUUGUGAACUGGUAUCUGCAAAACUACCUGGCGAACCUGUUUUCUGGGGCUUGGGAGGUGAGGGACAUUUCACCUCUGGCCGUAAGGAUGCCACGUGCCACAAAGGGACAGGUGCAGCAGUGUGUGGAGCUUAUCAGCCGAGCCAAGAAGCCCGUCAUCCUCCUCGGCAGCCAGGUGACUUUGCCUCCAACGCCUGUAGAGGAACUCAGAGCUGCUCUAGAAGAGCUGGGGAUUCCGUGCUUCUUGGGCGGCAUGGCCCGCGGCAUGCUGGGAAAGAAUAGCCCCCUGCACAUCCGUCAGAAUCGCAAAGAGGCACUCAAGGAGGCAGAUGUGGUCAUCCUCGCAGGGACUGUCUGCGAUUUCCGCCUCUCUUUUGGGCGUGUCCUGAGCAGGCGUAGCAAAGUCAUUGCUGUCAACAGAGACCGGGCGCAGCUGCUGAAGAACUCACAUUUGUUCUGGAAACCCCACUUGGCCAUUAGAGGGGAUGCGGGCUCCUUCCUGGUGCAGUUGAACAAAGGGCUGAAGGGAUACUCCUGCCCUCAGGAGUGGGUACAGGGCCUGAAGGAGAUGGAUCGGGUGAAGGAGAAAAUAAACAGUGAGAAGGCAGAGGAGCCGGUGGAGCGAUACCUCAACCCCCUGAAGCUGCUGCAUCACGUGGAUCGCUUGCUGCCGGAAGACAGCCUGCUGGUGGUGGAUGGGGGAGACUUCGUGGGGAGCGCUGCCUACAUUGUACAGCCCACUCGUCCUCUGGCUUGGCUGGAUCCAGGAGCUUUCGGGACCUUAGGAGUUGGUGGAGGCUUUGCCUUGGGGGCCAAACUCUGCAGACCAGAAUCUGAGGUCUGGAUUCUUUACGGAGACGGCUCUCUUGGGUUCAGCGUAAUGGAAUUUGACACCUUCGUGCGGCAUAAGACGCCCGUCAUCGCCCUGGUGGGGAACGACGCCUGCUGGAGCCAGAUCUCUCGAGAGCAAGUCCCAAUGUUGGGCAGCAACGUAGCCUGCAGCUUGGAUUAUCUGGAUUACCACACGGUGGCCGAAGGCUUAGGUGGAAAAGGCUUCCUCCUCUCCCACAAGAACGAAGAGCACAUGGACGAGGUCAUCCGGGCCGCGCAGUCCGAGUGCAGGAGGGGACGGCCUACCCUCAUCAACGCCCUCAUCGGCAAGACAACCUUCCGCAACGGAUCCAUCGCCGUGUAGGUUAAGCCGGGCCCACAGAAUGUGAGGAGCCAAUCGGACGGCAGAGCUUCUGCCAUGGAGACAACACACCACCAGAUGGCUCCCCGGGAAGCAGGUGGGCCGACAGGACGGCCCGGCCUUUGGGUUGGUGCCCAGGGCUGCCUUGCCUCAGCAGUUCCUCCCCUGGUCUUUUCCUGCAAGCUUCAGUCUGCAUUAACUUUCUUGUCCCUUCGGUCUCGCUGAAGCUUUUGCGGGCGGCCUGCCCCCUGGGUAUUGUCCAAGGCAGUCGUAGAACUAACCCGUUUCUUGAGGAGCUGUGGGGGUGGAUCUACUUGGGGGGCAGUUCCCUUCCACCCCUCAACCCAGCAACUCUCCCGGAGAAGGCGGUGACGCUCCCCAGCCUGCCUGCCAGUUACGGACGUGCUCACCUGAGCACUUGGCGCUGAGAGGACCACCAUGGUAGGUAAAGCUUGGUUCAAAAGGGUACAAAAUAAAUCCGAGCUGUUGAA